UGCCAAUAAAGCUCUUUGAAUUUGAAUUUGACAACAAAGCCGAGGCAAUGUGGUCCAGUAGGCGGCAGUGUUCCCUUUAGAAGACACUUCAUCUGUCCUCUCUUUGAUUCUUGUUGGUUCUGUGGCUGAAAGUUCAAGGGUUAUCAGGAAAACAAUUGUGAAACGUGUUUUGGAGACAAUCAUUGAAUAUAUGUGAAAUUAUUUGAUCGGUGCUUGAGGAGAUUUAAUUUUGGUGGGUGGGAAGCUGCAGGAGCGACAAGCAGAAUAAACGGGAGCUCUUGCCCUGCAGGCAUGUCCUCGUACACGUGUAUCAGCUGCCGGGUGGUGUUUGCCGACGGGGAGGUCCAGCGCGCCCACUACAAGACCGACUGGCACCGGUACAACCUGAAGAGGAAGGUGGCCGACAUGCCGCCCGUCACGGCGGAGAACUUCCAGGAGAGGGUGCUGGCGCAGCGCGCCGCGGCGGCCGACGAGGAGCGGGCGCAGGGGGAGGGGGCCCAGUGCUCCACCUGCGGCAAGAAGUUCUCCUCCGCCAACGCCCACCAGAACCACCUGCAGUCCCACAGGCACCAGGAGGCCGAGAGGAAGGCGGCGCUGGCCGCCCAGCGGGAGGUGGAGAGGAUGAACGAGAAGAACCUGGAGAAGGGCCUGCGGGGGGCCGACCUGGACCACAACGCCAGGAACCAGGCCAUCCAGCAGGUCCUCCGCGCCCAGCACAGGGGGCUGGCGAAAGGCCAGGCCGGCCGGCUGGCGGCCCAGGACCGGCAGGAGUCCAGGCCGCGGCCGGACAAGGCCCCAAGGCAGCAGUGGUUCGAAGAGCAGGCCCGGAAGUUGAAGGAGGAGGAGGAGGAGGCCGCUGGAGAGGAAGUGGAGUGGGAGGACCUGGACGACGACGACGACAAUGACGACAUGGAUGAGGAGGAGGAGGCGGAGGAGGAGUGCGAAGAGGAGUCUCAGGGGGCUGGGGCUGCGACGUCCAAAGAGCCGCCCGUGGGAGUCAUUCCUCUUACAGACUGUCUCUUCUGCGCCCAUCACUCCCGCUCUCUCCUGAAAAACCUGGCUCACAUGACCACAGCCCACAGCUUCUUCCUCCCCGAUGUAGAGUACCUGGUGGACCUGAAGGGUCUGAUUAGGUAUCUGGGGGAAAAAGUCGGAGUAGGAAAUGUCUGCCUUUGGUGUAAUGAGAAGGGCAGGUCCUUCUACUCGACAGAAGCAGUCCAGGCUCACAUGAUGGACAAGAGCCACUGCAAACUCUUCACCGAUGGGGACGCAGCUCUGGAGUUUGCCGAUUUCUACGAUUUCAGGAGCAGCUACCCUGACCACAAGAAAGGAGACGAUGUUGAAAUGGAGGCUGAUGAGAUUCCUGGUCAUAAAAAUAUGGAAUACGAUGAUGAAACGAUGGAACUGACUCUUCCAUCAGGGGCCAGAAUUGGACACAGAUCUCUCAUGAGGUAUUACAAGCAAAGGUUUGGAGCUCCGAGGACUGUGGCCAUUGCCAGUAACAGCAGGGCGCUGGGCAGGGUGUUGCGACAGUACAGAGCCCUCGGAUGGGGAAGCGACUCAGCCAACACCUCUGCAGCACACACGCAGAGAGACAUGCAGUAUGUUCAGAGAAUGAAGUCCAAGUGGAUGCUGAAGAUGGGAGUGAACAGCAACACUACCAAACAGAUGCACUUCCGCGCACAAGUCAUGUUCUGAUCAAGCACUUUGCUCCGAAUCUCUUCCGUGUUCAUUAGCGCUGCAAAUGUUACUUAGGAUGAUCUCAUCCACACCUCUUUAAAAGACGAUUCCCAGAAAUACGGACCAUAAUCCCUGCCAUCAUGCUGCAGAGGUUGUAUAAACCAUAUAAGUAUAAAUACUAUAUACUAUAUUUUCCAGUAUAAUCAGAAUUGUGUCAGAAUGUUUUAGUUAUCAGAGCUCUUUUCUAAAUUCUUGUAGGAAUACAUUACAAUGAAAUCUUUGAAAGCUGCUACAACAGUCAGUGGUUUGUAAAUUUGUUGUUGGGAGAGCACUUGGAAUGAACAGAUUGAGGAAAAAAAAUGUAAUUUAAAUAUUUUACAUAUAUUUAAACAGACCAUAUUUACUGUAGAGAAACCUAAUCACCAAAUAAAAAUAUACACAUUGCAAGAA